UCCGUAAGCACCGCUGGAAUGUUUAAAAGUAAAAGUGGAACAGAUAAAGAGCCUCAUUUGAAGCCGUCAAGGAGAAGUAUGCCAUGUAUUGCUCAAAGUCAAACCCAUCCGCAACACCUGAACAAGCAAACGUCAGAACAGCAACAACAAAGCCCUGUCCAGCCUCUCCCACCUGACAGCGAGGACUCCUGUACAAUCGAUACAGAGCAGCAAAGAGAUUCAACUAGAGAUACUUACACAGAUGAUUCUGAGCAUGGAGCGUAUGACUGCCGCACUGAUCAGUCUUUGCUGAUUCAGCACAAACUUAGCAGGCAGAAACAAGCCUCUCGGAAGUCUCAAAAGAAUAAAGAAGAUUUGUUGAACAGAGAGAAACACGUCUUUGACAAGUUUCCUGUAGAUCCAGGCAAGAACCCCGGCCGCGAUAAUGCAAUGCUUAGCGAAGGUGACUCCCAGGGCCUGCCCUUAAAGUGA